GUGGACAGCAUCAGACCAUACCCUAACAGCAAGGACCUUCAUCCAGACGCGCUUACCAGCGAAGUCAAAAGUCAGUCCAUGGUUUCAAACCUGGUGUGAUGGAGUUCUGGGCUGGUGAUGGGCAACCACCCCUGUAUGCCAAAUUUGGGACUGUUCCUGGACGAAACUUUGCACAUGCAUAUCAGGACAAGCAUCAGGCAGCAGAUUUUCAACCGUACCUUUGUGAGCGGCUAGACCGGGGCAGGGAGCCCAGCUGUUGGACAGUACCAGGUUCUAGAACAGGAGGGGUCCUACAGGACUAUACAAACUGGACUGAUCAAGAUCUGUCGCCCUCUGCCCCUCAUUUCCCCUUUGCUCUAGACAACCAGCCCCGACAGCUCCACGGUUUAAGGGACUAUCAGGCUCAAGAUAAAAGAGAGAGAGAAUGGCUGGUGGUAGAGGCUCAUAGAGCAGCAGCUAGGGAGAGGGAAAGGGAGUGUGAGAGGAGGAUGCAGAGGGAGGGGUUGCAGAGGAGGUGGGAGCCCUGUAGUCCUGUCCGCUACAGGAGGGAGCCAGCCAGGAGGAGUUUGAGCGACACUAGCUAUCGGGAGCUGGAGGCCUGGGCGGCGCGCUACAGCCACUCACUCCCCAGGAAGAGACGCCUGGAGGCAGGGCUGUGGGGAGCCCAGGGGACGCAGGAGUGUGAGAGAGUCCUGGAGAAAGAUUCAUGGGGCAACAGAGGUGGAACAGAACCCAGAGCAAGUGCAAUACAUCUGGCAGGACUACCUCAGCCGAGAGAAUGGGGACAGUGGGAGAGAAGGGACACACAGAAAACUAUGUCCCACAGUUUGUCUCAGCCUGUCAUUCCUGAUACAACAUACCCAUCAGACACCAAGGAGAAUGAGACAAGCUACCAGAAGAGGGUGUUUAGUCAACCUCCAGGCUACAUUCCACCUCCGCCUUAUAACGCCACACAUAACAUUUCAACAGUAAUGCAACAUGCUGAGAAAUAUACCACUAUAAAAGCAGUGGCUUCUGUGUACGCAGGGUGGUAUCAGGGAGCUAGCAGACACACAUACUGCACACUGCCUACUCCAAGGAAGCAAGACUACUCUGUACUAGACUUUCAUAGGGAGAGGGGAGGGGGAGAGAAGUUGAUGAAAGAGGAGUGGAAGCAGAGGACCUGGUCUGAUCCUGGAGGGCACAGGCAGCAAGGACAUGCUAUAGUUGGUCAAUGGACAGGCUCCUCUGCCCAUCCACAGAACAUCCGGUCUGAUAGCCUCUCACCUCUGCUGCAGUCCCCACAACAGCCUCAGAUGGCCAACCUCUGUGAGACGGCCAACCUCAGUGCCACCAUGGAAAGGAAAGUCAGCCUAAAGAAAAGCAGAGGAGGGGAGACCAUAUUUUGCUUGGUGUCUCGCAUGGGUGGAACGGCAGGGUUGUCAAGUUCUCCUGAAGAACCACUAAAACUCCUUUACCUGCCACUUUCCACCACCUCACCUCUGACAACUGUGUCAAACAGUGUGUUAGGCAGGGUAUCUAGAGGCCUAGAGGAGUGUGGUGAGAUUAAUGAAUCGCAUAAGCUUGCAGGUGAAGUUGAUUCAGUUGUGCCAUCACUCCAGCAUGAGUCCAGUGCUCCAGCCCAGACCCCUGCCUACAUAAGAGACAGCAAUCUCAAACCUAAACUGAAGGGGGCGCUAGACUGGAUGGGAAGUGAGCAGGUAGCAGCCCACAGGGAGGAACUUCUCAGGGCCAUUCAGAGCAGACCAAGCCUUCAAGGAGAAGAAAGAGACCGUCAAAGCCUACCCAGUACGACAGACAGUGAAGUUGCCUUGCCAGAAGGCACCCAGGUUGGUGCUUCAUCCCCUGUAUCCAGGAGAAAAGGGAUGCAAACACUGGCUCCUGUGUCAGUCAAGUAUCCCUUAUGGAGGGAGCCUAGUUACAUGGGCCGAGUCAAGAGUGACAAUCCCUCACCUUGCUAUUUGAAGGCUACUUGGGAGGAGGGUAAACCAGGUAAAGAUCUGAAUGAUGAUCAUACAGAAAAUAGCCCUGAUGUUUGCAGUCAUCCUCUUGAUGUUGAAGUGAGGCGAUUGGAGCUCAAGAGAGACACAGAGUCUGACAGCAGCAGUGGUCUUCUGGUCAUCGACGCAACAUGUGUUGUAGUCAGAGUGGAGUUCAUUUUUCCUCCUAAAAAAGAACAUGUCCAGUAUUUGUGCUCACCAACUCCUAGUGACCCACCUGAGCCUGGUCUAGAUCAAAGCUCCCCCAUCGACCUUAUCCCAAUUCAUAACCAAGUCAAGGAAGAUACUUCACCUGAACAGAGCACUGAUAUAUCAGCGCAGAUCUGCCCCCUGUUAGAUAGUGAAGAGCCUGUGAUUGAUUUUAAAGAGCUAGAUGUAGAAGAGCAGGUGGAUAAAGAUCAACAUACUCCCUCUGACACACCUUUCACUGAAACAUACUUACCUCAGCAAACAGAAGACACAAGACAACUUCCUGAAUCGCUUUCUCCCUCACCUUCAAUCCCUGACAAUAAGACAUGGGAGGAGCAUGCUGGUUGGAUUUUGGGGAUCCCUCUUCUGAGCUAUAGCGUUCUGGAUCAAACAGAGGAGGAUGAGUUGCCACAGCCAAACAAUGACAACAAUGACUCCCUUGAGUGCCUUCCGAAGAUUACUCUGGAGGAGCCAGUGUCAGAGGCAUCACCUGAGAUUGGUCAAGCUAAAGAUGACAUUUUGGUUACAGAGGCUGAUGUCACUUUAGAUGCCCAGUCUUCAGCAGACAUAGUUGUAGAGCCCAAGAUGGAGGUGAGAGAACAGACAUGUGAUUUCUCAGUGCAGAAUCCCAGUGAUGGUCUGCCUGACAUACAGGUCAUGUAUUUGCAUAAGACAGAUAUCACAAAUGUUCCCCCAUUCGAACACUGCCUUCAGGUCAGCCAGGAUGCAGGUGAAAUUGGCGAUGCUGGUUUUUCCCCACCCAUCUCUCAGUGCCUCAACCCACAGCGAAGUUACCCUGAUUCUCCCCCACACUCACCUUUAAAUACUACCUCCCCCUCUAAUUCAAGAUCCUCAUCUCCCUCUCAUCACUUCUUGACUUCACCCUCCCAGUUUACUUCUCGAUCUGCUCCUCCUGAAUCUAACACAGAUCCCCUCUAUCUUCCUGAGGAAGUGCCACUCUCUCCAUCAGAUAUAAGCUUACCUCUUCACCCUGAUCCCCCUCCCACUGAACUCUCAGACUACAUCUCCCUGUUCCAAUUCCCAUCUCCCCCUCCCUCUCUCUCAGUCCCACUCUCCCCCUCUAGACCUCCGCCUCCCUCAGUCCCCCCCCUCCCCUCUAGAUCUCCUCCUCCCUCUCCCUCAGUCCCACUCUCCCCCUAUAGAUCUCCCUCUCCCUCUCUCUCAGUCCCACUGUCCCCCUCCAGAUCUCCCUCAGUCCCACUCUCCCCCUCCAGAUCUCCUCCCCCUCCAGGCCCCUCCUCUAGACCCCAGAGUCCAGAGAUACUGGUCAAGUCCUUUAACCCUGUCCUGCCUUCAUCUACCACACCCACCACACAUAGAGAGGGGCCCGAAUACCCCAAGUCCCUCUGGGAUGCAGUGAAAUUCAUCCGGAAGCACACAGCCCCUGAUUCAGAGAAUGAGGAGGAGGAGGGAGGUGAGCUGUGGGAUCCAGAGAGUGCGGGUGAGGACGGUGCUGCACUAGACGAAGAGUUUGAUUUGGGCAUGGAGAAUAUGUUGUUCCAGUGUAGUGAUAACCUGAGACAGGGGAUAUUUUUCAGCUCUGGGGGAAGCUCCCUUGAAGUAGCAAAUGACUUAGAGGUGCAAAGGGAUCACAAAGAGGAACACAUUUUGGUAACGGAUGAAGAACGCAGUGAGAAGGAGCCCAGCAGGCCAGCUGAAGAUGACACACUCUCCUGCAGCAGCACAGACAGCCACGGCUCAGGGGAAACAGUCAUCAUGAGGGCCGAGGGAGAGUCUGACUCUGAGACAGAGACUGAUGAGGAGACAGAUUGUGAAGCUGAGAUCAUCAGUGAGGAGCCUGACACCAACGUGGAGCACUGUGUUACUGAGGGAGAGGAAUGGAGCUGCAUUGUGGUGCCAAAGAUCUAUGUUGUAGUGGAGGAGGAGCGAGAGGAUGUGAGAGACAGGGAGGUGAGGGACACAGCUGAGCCUUGUCAAAACGAGAGGUAUCUGUCUGAGACACAGGCGACAACACAACAAAUUGAGGAAAGGGAUAUAGUAAACAGUCAGAAAGCAGGGGAAGGGAGAAGCUCUGAGGGGGAGGAGAGCAGAAGUCUGGUCAAUGUAACCACAUCUGAAAGGUUCUCUGGUGGGGCUAUGGGUGAUGAGGGUCAGUGUGGAUGUGUAACAGUAGAGGGGCUAGAGGAGAGUGAUAAUGGGCAACACCAUAACAAUGGUGAAACAGUUUACAGUAGUCAAUGCACUCAGGUGGUGGAAAGUGUUGAGGAAAUGUGUAGCAGCGAUGUGGCAUCAGAAAAUAUCCUUUUGGAUGAGAAAUCCUGUGACUCAUCCUUAAUGGAGGAGUCCUCUCAGGAGGAUAUUCCCUGUGAGUCAAGUCAAUAG